CCUUGUCAUAAGACGUCAGCAAACAAAUCUGUGACUGUCACACACAAAAAUCGAAAAUAUGAAGGUUAGAGGUAUGGGACACUGUUGACAAUGAUUAGUAGGUAAGCUGUGAGAAAAUGACAGAAAAUACACAAGGUGGGGAUCCUUCAGUAGUGUCCAAAGAUCCACCCCCUCACCCUAUUCCCAAGGAGCACCGCUCUCUGGAUUAUCUCUUGUCACAGAUCCCGCGCAGAGCCCAGAAAGGACUUCUAACAACCUGCGAUCUGAUUCUGAAAUGUGUGGAUGCCAAUGAAUACUACAUAGCUCUGGGGACCAAUGUAGGUGUGAUAUACCUCUUUGACAGGAAGAAGGAAUUGAUUGAGAAAUUGAAAACACAUUCUAAUAAUGAUGUCAUUACAACUAUUGCUUUGCACACUGGGCUUGAGAGUCAAGUUGCCAUUGGAACAGAGAAAGGAGUUGUAUACAUAUUCCAGCUGCCAUCUCACAUCCCAGGUCAAAACAAGAAGCUUCAGGAAUUUGUUGUGCAAGGGUUACACAAGGCACGAGUUACCUGUUCAAAAUGGAGUCUGAAUGGAAUGAAGCUAUUUACUGGAGAUGACCAGGGACUGGUUGUUUGUACAGAGUUUGAUGCAUUCCAGGGUCAAUGUAAAUCAGCUGUUGUGCUGUCGGAGGCCGGCUCCAGUGUAGUCGAAUUAGACCAUGGACACAAGUCACUUCUUGUCUCCACAAAACAGAGGAGCGUGAUCUACAAAAUGGAUGAGAGCACAGUCCAAGUGGGACAAAAGGACAGAAAAAUCGCUGGACAAUUUGGAGCUUGUUUUAUCCCUGCUAUGUGUAAGCCAGAGGAUGCCCAGCUCUAUGCAUGUCGACCAGGGGCAAGGAUCUGGAAAGCUGACAUGAAUGGGAUAGUCAGCCAAACUUAUCUUUACAAAGAACUGCUGAACUCAACUCACCCAGAAAUCCAGUUGUUGUUCAAAAACGGAAUUCCAGCCAGUAGAGUCUCAGCUGACCAUCAGUUCGGGCCGUUGAGUCUCUACAUGGAGAAGUAUCUCGUGACCUGGAAUGAUUCCUCCAUGUAUAUUCUGUGCCCUGAGGAUAAUUCGGUGGUGGGGAGUCAGAGGGCUCUGGGAGCUGUGGUAGAUGUAGCCGUGACUGAGGACGAAAUCUUCAUUUUGAGGAAAAAUAAUGAAAAGAAUCUUAUCAGAGUAGCUUUAUAUCCAGAAAAGAAGGGAGAAUCUCUGUAUCAUAAACUAUUGCAUGAAAAGGAGAAAUAUGCUUUAAUGCGACAGUCUGCACCGCCCAUUGAAUCUACACUCCAUGUUUCAAACAUUCCACAGUCUAGUCAGCAAUCACAUUCCCCACUUGAUUUCAUCCAGACCAAACUCAAAUCAAUGGAGCUAACUGGAGGCUCAGUGAAAUCCGGAAUUGAGCAUUUCCUCUCAUCCAUGGAUCAUCUUGAGGACUCUGUUGAGAUAACUGAGCACGAGAUUGAUCAUCGAGAUCACCCUCAGGCUCAGCCUCCUCAGGAUCUUCCUCCCGAGAUAAAGCAUGUAACAAAACUUCAUGAAAAACUGCCUCCAGUUGUCAAGCUGGAAACUCCAGAUUUACUGACAAUAGAAGUGUUUGGUGAUGAUGUACCUUCUUUUAAGAAAGACACUUCUCAGGACAGUAGCAAUAAAAUGUCAGAUAUCCCAACCACUCGCUUUAAUCCUUUUCUAAAAGAUGAUUUGGAGACAGAUUCUGUUUCCUGUUCAGCAGAUUCUCAUUGUGAUAAUUCUUUUAACAAACAUUCUCUUGAAGCCUCUGACAAACUGAUACCCAGGGGGCCGUCUAGUGCUGUCAGCCAGUCAACAAAAGACAGUAGUCCAUCACACAAUCCAAGCAUGCCGACAGCUAGUGCUGUCAGCCAGUCAACAAAAGACAGUAGUCCAUCACACAAUCCAAGCAUGCCGACAGCUAGUGCUGUCAGCCAGUCAACAAAAGACGGCAGCUCAUCACCUGAUUCAGUCAUACCGACAGCAACUUUGACGGAAGAAAGAUUGUCAUCUGCAGUUGGAGAUGAUGAUAUAGUGUUUAAUUCUAAGAUUAAAAGACAUAAGAAAAAAAAGAAAGGAUCGAAAGGUGACAGAGAAUCGGGACAUCCCUCUCAUGGAAAGGACCAUUUACAUGGAAACAUGGAGGACAGGAUUUCUAUUCAAAGUUAUGACUCGAUUUCUAUUCAAAGUGAUGCAAGUGAGAGUUCCUAUGUGAUUGAGGAGCCAAAGUUGAUGACUGUUGUUGAUUCCGUGGGCAAUGUGAAAAAGAUCCGGAGUAGGGAGUCAUCUCCAUCACCAAGUACAUGUUGUAAGAAGUUACCAAAAGGAGAACAGUCACAUCUGGCUGUGCCUUUCCUGGAAAAUUCACAGAAUUCUGCGUAUGAUUCUUUAACUAAAAGUUUGGAAAAAUUUGAAGAAGAAUUGACAAGUCUUGACACAGUAAAUAGUCUAAAGAAAAAAGAGGAAGUGAAAUUGGAAAAUAAAGAUCCUGUUCUUGAAUCAGCCGAAACACGUAUACUGACUUCAGAAAAAGAGAAAUUAAGCUCUGAAAAAAGCAUAGUAUUAGAACCCAAGGUAUUGAAAGAGAAAUCCAAAGAUGUUUCUUUAGAAUCUUCUGUGCUAAAAACUAGCGAAACCCAAGUUGCAAAGAGAAGUUCAUCAUUAGAGAAAUUAAAUGCAACAACGCAAGUUUCAGAUAGCUCAUCCUCUGAUAAUUCUCUCAUAAUGACAUCUGACCAGGGAGUCAGAAGUGUGUUUUCCACUCCAGAGUCCCCUACUGAUGACUUUUACACUAUGUACCUAUCUAACACAAGUGUAACCUCACAGAAGGACGUAAAACAUCAUCCUCUCCUUCCAUCCACAGCAGAUAAUGAAACCUUGGAGGACGAGGGUACUGAUCUUGUAAACAAAGAUGACAAGUUUGACCACGAACCUUCAUACAAAAUAAUCAACAGCUGGACAGAGGUGUACACUACAGGCAAUGUGGCUUGUCUGUGUCUGACGGAUACACACAUCUGGCAUGUGGACAGAAGUUCAAAUCUCUGGUACUGCAGUCUGAACAGUCCAGGAUUCAAGUGGCAGAAAGCCAAUGGAUAUGCCAAGAUGGUUGCAGUGUCUCGCUCUGGGAGCAUUGUGUGGAGACUCUACAAGGAUACAGUGUAUGCGGGAACAAAGAUAGUGGCCAAGCAUCCGGAGGGGAUGAAGUGGAUUGAGGCUGUGCGGGAAGUGCAAUAUAUUUCUGUGGACGAGACCAUGGCUUGGUACAUAAAGACAAAUGGUGAGGUGGUGAUGCAGAAAGGUUUGUCCAGAGACAGGCCAUGUUUUAAGGCGCUAAAGAUUGCCUGUGACCACAAGCUGAUUGAGAUCGCCUGUUACAGGGGGGUGGUCAUUGGGGUCACUGACCAGUGCCAACUAGUCUACCGGGAUGGAAUCAGCAAAGACUGCUGGGAAGGAAAAUGGUGGAAACAAUUAAAAUGCAAAUCAUCCCAAGAAAUGCUCUUCAGUGCCAUUUCCUUUGGUGUGGAUGGCGUUUUAUGGGCAUUAGAUGUCUUAGGGAGAAUAUGGUUCACCACAGGUGUUACCAUGGAAACCCCUACAGGGGAUGGAAAGUGGUGGGAGGUUCCAGUCAGUGAAAUAGUGGUAAAAGAUGUAUCAGGAAUUGAUGCAUUGAGAUCCCUGGCCCAGAAAUUUGAUCCCCAGAAGCUUGCCUCCCUCCUCAGCUCACAGAAUGCGGGUCUCAUCACAGCAGGGAGGUGUGGUGUGUGGGUGUGUCCAGAAUUCAAAAACAUGAUACAGAUUUGUAGAGGUGUCAUUCAAGGACAUUUAUGGGACGUAGCAGAGAUUCGUGGGAUUGCAUCCUCUGUCAUUUGGAAGUCAGUGUCUGCACAAGCCAGCAAUGAUGGCUUUAUUUGGGCCCUUCAGCCCAAUGGGGACAUCUACACAUUCUCAGCUGGCCUGGAGAAAUGCAGCCAGCUGCUGUCUCCCUCCUACAAGAAGCCAAUUAUCUGUCUGUGUACCUCUCGUGAUGCCGUGUGGGUGCUGAUGGAGGAUGGGGCAAUCUUCAUACGCAGCGGGGUCAGGCCCAGUAACCCCCAGGGUGUGGACUGGUGCAGAUUAGACCUAUCACAACUAGGUGAUACUGUGUUAACAUCAAUCAGCUGUGGGACCCUCAAUGUGUGGGCGGUAGACAAUCAGGGCAUAGUGUACCAGAGAAUCGGGGUCAAGGCCCCCACCUCUCACUCCCUCAAUGCUGCUUGGCUUCCCGUAGAUAUGGGCAAGCAGUCCACUACUGUAUUCACACACAUUGCCACAGGACCCAAAGACUUCAUGGUUUGGGCAAUUGAUAAUCGUCGUCAAGUUUAUGCCAGAAGAGGUGUUACAGAAAACAUGCCAAUUGGAGAAGAAUGGGUUCAUGUUCCAGGAACUUUAGCCACUCAAUUGACUGUAUCCGACACAUGUGUGUGGGCGUUGAAUCCCAAUGGAGAAAUCCUCUGUCGCUAUGGCAUUUCCCUGAAAAAUCCCACAGGAGAUUACUGGAGAAAAGUCCCAGGUGUCUUUUAUCAAAUAUCAGUGAGUGACUCGGAUCAGAUGUGGGGUGUGAGCAAAGAGGGACAACUCUACAAAAGAUACACCAAGUGUUUAAAGAAGGGCAGUAACUCUGCCUUGGACCAACUUCUACCCAAGAGAAGCUCCGUCAGUAUGUCCAGUGACGAUGGUUGGGAGCUGCUAUAGGAUAUCAAUACACCAGGGGUCUAGGAGUAUAUUGUAAUUUACCAAAUAUUUAUUAUAGAAUAUUGAAUUGGUUUGCAGAAGCUCUACUAUAAAGUACAUGUGUUCUUAUUGUUUGUUCAGAUAACUUCAAUGCUGUAUCAUACUUCUUUUUAUUCAAUCCCUUCUUUACGCAUGCUUCCUUUUUUUUUAUAAGUUUAUUUUAAAAUCAGUACAGUGUUUGAUUUUCAUGUGAAUAAACUACGCCAUAUUUAGAAGGCCAGAUUGAUGUUUAGACAUGUAUGUCCUCAGUAAAUAGUAACUGUUAAAUAUUGAUUGGUAGAAUUUGAACACAUGCAUGGUGUACAUUCGCUCCUUCUUUGAGUUUACUUAUACAUGUAUUUUCAGUGGCAUAAAGACGGACUGUGAUCUUCAAGCAAGUAGUUUUUAAGUCUCUCUAAUAGACCUACAUAUGUAUUGAUCAGGUCUAGUUCUGGUUGCAAUAGAUAAGGUUGUUGUUACUUGAUGUGUUUUUGUUUUAAUUUAUCGUUAUUUCUAGUCAAACAGUUUGCUAGCUGUAUGCGAUAUACUAAUAAUAUGUCAAUACGCUAAUUAAGAUGUCAUACUGAAAACAGAUGUACAUUUUUUUAAAACAGAAAAUCAUGUUUUGUAACAUGAAAUUUUUAAAAUAAUAACUUAAGAAAUAUAUUGUUUAAGGAAUUAUUGCCUUCUAAAACAUCCCAAUUCAGUUCAUUCCAUCGAUGAAAAAAAAAAUGAACAUACAUGUACAUUCUAACCAGGUCUUGCCAUUUUGAAUUGUUUUUCUUGUUCUUGUUUGUCAGAGAAUUUUAUUUAAAUGUCCGAUUAUUCAUUACUGUCAAUUAUAUCUUGUUCACAUCAAUAUGGAGGGAAUUUUGUGGAGCAGUUUGAUAUGUUUGUUUUUUAUUCAACCACAUAUAUACAACAUGCAAACUAUUCAAUACAAUGUUUUUUGUUUUUCUUAGUGUAGUAUUCACAAUUUUUAUUCGUAAAUCGGGGUACAUGUAGGAGCAAGAACAAUCUGAAGAAAAAUAUACAUAUAUAUAUACCACAUGAUUAAUAGUUCUUUAUUUUUACUACUGCAAUACAUAGCUCUUGUCUCUCUAACUAUGUAUUUCCUUUGGACACUGUGUCAGAUCAUGUUAAUUUAAAUUAUUUCUGUGAUCAUAUAUGCAUUACAUUCUAUAUUUUUAUUGAAGUGUUAAAACAUGCAUUGCUAUGAAAAUAAAUUUCCAUAAACUUGAA